AUGGAUGACUUGUUGAGCUUCUUUAAAGAAGUUCUUCCGGUGGAGUCAUUUGUUCCAAAUUCUUUCUAUGAAGCAAAGAAAGUACUUCGAGACUUAGGCUUGGGGUACACCAAAAUAGAUGCAUGUCAGAAUGAUUGUAUCUUAUAUUGGCGCGAGCAUGCCUAUGCACAAUCAUGUCCUGAGUGCGGUGAGUCUAGAUGGAAGUCAAAAGAGAAUGGAGGCAAGAAAGUAGCUCAUAAAGUCUUGCGACAUUUUCCUAUCAAACCAAGACUGCAGAGAUUAUACAUGGCAAGAGAGACAGCAAAAAAGAUGAGGUGGCAUAAGGAGGAACGUGUUGAUGAUGGUAUCUUGCGACAUCCGUCUGAUGCAAUGGCAUGGAAAUCUUUUGAAGAGAAACAUCCCAGCUUUUCUGCUGAAUUAAGAAAUGUUCGAUUAGGUUUAGCAAGCGAUGUGUUCCAGCCUAAUGGGAACAUGAGUCCUAAGUGUCCAGACAAUGAUAUAGAUGUAUAUUUACAACCGAUGAUUGAAGAAUUAAAAGAAUUAUGGGAAGGAGCAGAAACUUAUGAUGCAUACUCAAAAUCUAACUUUAUGAUGCGUGCGGCUAUCAUGUGGACAAUUAAUGACUUUCCUGCAUAUGGGAACCUUUCAGGAUGGUCAACCAAGGGCAAAUUUGCAUGCCCUUGUUGCCACAAAGAUACACAAUCGAUUUCAUUACGUAGUAAAUUGUGUUAUAUGGGGCAUCGUUGCUUCCUUCCAUUAGACCAUCCAUGGCACAAAAAUAGGAGGUUAUUUGAUGGGAAAGUGGAAAAGGGAGUUGCACCUAAUCCUUUAACAGGUGAUGAUGUACUUAUGCAACUACAAGGGUUGGGCAAUGUGACUUUCGGUAAAGGGCAAAAGCGAAAGUGUAAUGCCCCUAAUAAUGCUUACAAUUGGAAGAAGAAAAGUAUUUUUUUCGAAUUGCCAUAUUGGAAGACACUUUUGUUACGACAUAACCUUGAUAUGAUGCACAUAGAAAAAAAUGUGUCCCAUAACAUUUUAUCAACUGUGAUGAAUGUGGUUGGGAAGACAAAGGACACCUUAAAAAGUAGGUAUGAUUUGGUGGACCUUGGUACUAGGCAAGGUUUGCAUCCAAUUCAUGAUAGGAACAAUGUGUUGUUACCAGCAGCAUGCUACGCAUUAUCCCCAGAAGAGAAGCUGAAAGUGUGUAAUUUCUUAGCUAAUUUGAAGGUUCCUGAUGCCUUUUCAUCGAAUAUUUCUAGGUGUGUCAAGGUUGAAGAGAAAAAGAUACAUGGAUUAAAAAGUCAUGAUCACCAUGUAUUAUUGGAAGAUAUUUUUCCAUUAGCAAUUUAUGGUGUGUUGCCUAAGGAAGUGAGUGAACCAAUUAUCGAAAUAGGAAAAUUUUUCAAGAAUUUAUGUUCUAAGUGCUUGACAAUUGAAGAUCUUGAUAUCUUAGAGGCUGAAAUUGCUAUCACAUUGUGCAAGUUCCAAAUGGUUUUUCCUCCUGCGUUUUUCGAUGUCAUUAUUCAUUUGCCCAUUCAUUUGGCAAGAGAGGCAAAACUAGGUGGACCAGUUCAAUAUCGGUGGAUGUACCCUUUUGAAAGGUAUUUGCAAAUACUUAAGUCGUAUGUUCGCAACUAUGCUCGUCCUGAAGGCUCAAUUGCAGAAGGUUAUUUGGCAGAAGAAAGCCUCACAUUUUGCUCGCGCUACAUAAAGAAUAUCUCAACCAAGUUCAAUAGGCCAGCUAGGAAUGAUGAUGAAUCUGUGUCACAUGGUGAGAUAUCUAUCUUUAAAAAUAGUGGACGAACAAAAGGUGGUUCAGAUUCGGCCCCACUAUCUCGUGAUGAGAUCUUACAACUAUCUGCACAAGGACAUGCAAAUGAUGAUCUCAUAAGCUUAGCACUCGGUCCUGGACCUCUAGUGCUUCGAUGUUCCACAUUAAUGGUGAAUGGAUUUAGAUUUCAGACAAGAGAUAUAGAGUCGAGAAGAAAAACACAAAAUUGUGGAGUUCUUGUUAGAGGAGAUGAUUCAGACUCAACAAAUGAGUAUUACGGUAUAUUGGAGGACAUUUACGAGUUAUCUUAUGUGAGAAAUAAGAAAGUUUACCUCUUCAGGUGUCAUUGGUGGGAUGUGGCUCACUUAGGAAAAGGAUAUAAGAUUGAAAAAUAUGGCUUCACAAGUGUGAAUACCCAUUGUGCCUUGAAUACAAAUGAGCCAUUUGUGUUGGCAUCUCAGUGUGAACAAGUUUUCUAUGUGGACGACAUGUCUAACAAAGAUUGGUUUGUUGUUGUGAAGACAAAUCCUUGUGACCUUUUUAAUAUGCCUGAAAAGGAUAUUAAUUCUACAGAAAUUGAAGAUGAAGUAUUAUCGAGUGAAGAUUCUUAUCAACAAGAGCAAGUUGAGAUUAAUACAUCGCGCAUUCAUGCUCAAGAAAUUGAUAUUGUGGUGUCCUUAUAUAGGGAUGAUGUUGAACCACAAAUUAUUGAUUAUAACCAAGCUAUUGAAGCUCAGACAACUGUGCAUAAUGAGGAUGAUGGUUUCAUUAAUGACGAUCACAUGGAUCUAUAUAAUAGUGAACAAAGCGAUGAAGAGUUACUUGAUGAUAACGAUGGAGAGGACACCGACAUAGAUGAUAGGGAUAUGGAGUGA